AUGAUACAGCAGGUACAGCAAGCCGUUUUCGAUCCAGAAAGAUUUCUGGUCGAUAUCGAAGAAACAUGUCGGGCAAUCGGUGCUCCUUACUCCCAGGAAAAGACGCUUAAAGUCCUGGAGGGUUUCCAAGCCAGCUUUGCCCGAGGAGCUGUCUUGUGGAGAAUCACCAAUCGCCCCGGAGAUGCCCUCAAUUACCGAUUUUACGAACGCGUAUCCAUCGACGCUGUAUCUUGCGCAGUUGAGGCAAAACUAUUCCAGCCGAAUCAUCCGUUGUCUGAGUUAAUCGUCUCCUGGACCGCCUUAUACCCGGGAGCUGCGCAGCAGUCUUGCGACUUUGAUGCCGAGCAAGGGUUCUCAAAGAUCUGGGUGUAUCUAGGGGACAUGCGCCCUCUGAGCGACAUAUUGAGUGCACCUCAUGUUCCUCUGUCCAUACGCAAGCACGCAACGACGUUCUACAACCUUGGCCUGGAGCUGGUCCGACACGUCGCUGCCGAUUUUACGUCGAAUACAAUCAACAUCUACUUUCGUGUCCAAGGCCUGUUGACACUGGAGCGAGCAAGGAGCUUAGUGCGCCUCAGCGAUCCGGCCUACCUUCUGGAGUGCGGUGAAGUAGAAGAGAUGCGGCGAUUGCUGAAUCCUGUGGGAUUCACCUUUGCUGUAACGAUGGAUUAUAGCACAGGUGACAUCAAAAGAGUGGGAAUAUAUGCGUUGAAGUUGGCACCAGGGACCUAUCCUGCGAUGGAUGAGAGGUUGAAAGCGACGCGGGCAAUUCCGCUGGAGAAGCAGGCGUAUAUUUUGUUGAGCCAGGGAGUUCUGAUGGCCAAGGAGGUUGCUGCAGCUUUUCCUGUGCCAUCGGAAACUGCUGCUGUGAAUAGGCCAAGAGAGGUGGAUGUCGAAGUGGGUGUUGGGGUAGCGAGCUUUAUGUUCCAGCCUACUACGCCGAUUGCACCUACAGUCGAUGUCCGGGAUAAUGUGGUUGUGGCUGUUUUCCAUGCAGUCGAGUCGCCAUAA